GAUGCCACACUUCCUAUCCUACAUUGAUGAUGCGAGAACAAGUCCCUUCUGCAACCAUAAUGGCUUAUGGAAAUCGGAUUGCAACAAGGUUUCGUCUGCCUCUUCUUCUCCUCUUCUCCGUCGGCUGCUUUCUUCUCCCUCAUCUCAUCAUCAAGGGCUCGAUGACAUCGCCGACGCCUGCUAAAAGCGAUGAGAAACCAAGUGCUUUGCAGAUCGAUCGGAACUCCUUCCCUAAAGGUUUCAUCUUUGGGACCGCGAGCUCCGCAUAUCAGUAUGAAGGUGCUGCAAAUGAAGGUGGCAGAGGACCGAGCAUUUGGGAUACUCUCACUCACAGGCAUCCAGAGUUGAUAGCCGAUGGAAGCAAUGGAGAUGUAGCAGUGGACUCCUAUCAUCAAUACAAGGAAGAUGUGAGCAUUAUGAAAAGAAUGGGCAUGGAUGCUUACAGAUUUUCCAUCUCUUGGUCCAGGAUUUUACCAAAUGGAAGCAUAAGAGGAGGAGUAAAUAGGGAAGGAGUCAAUUAUUACAAUAACCUCAUCAACGAGCUCAUAGCAAAUGGUUUGCAGCCAUUUGUGACACUCUUCCAUUGGGACUCUCCUCAAGGAUUGGAGAACAAAUAUGAAGGUUUCUUAAGCCAACUAAUUAUUCAAGACUUCAGGGAUUAUGCUGAGGUUUGCUUUAGGGAAUUUGGGGACAGGGUGAAGCACUGGAUGACCUUCAAUGAGCCAUGGACUUUUGCUUUGAUGGCAUACCCUGAUGGUAAUAAACUAGGGCAGUGUUUUCCUUGGGCAUCAGUCAAGUGUCAUGCUGCAAAUUUGGGUAGGGAUCCCUAUACAAUUACUCAUCAUCAGCUUCUGGCUCAUGCCACCGCUGUGACUCUAUUCAGAGAAAAAUUCCAGGCUACACAAAAAGGUAAAAUAGGGAUAGCCCUAUGCUCCCAUUGGUUUCUACCCUACAAUGGAACAAAAUCCGACUAUGAAGCUGCAUCCAGGUCUCUUGACUUCAUUCUUGGAUGGCUAAUGGACCCCUUGACUCAAGGGGAUUACCCUACAAGCAUGAGGACCAAUGUGAAAGACAGAUUGCCAAAGUUCACAGAGGGCCAGUCCCAGAUGUUAAAAGGAUCAUUUGAUUUCAUCGGAAUCAAUUACUACACCAGCCUGUAUGCCUACAGCAAUCGCCCAUCCUCUGAUGCAGACCCUAACUUCUAUAGUGACCAGCAUGUUAUUCAAACAGGGGAGAGAUAUGGAGUUCUUAUAGGUCCUAAGGCUGCUUCAGAUUGGCUGUUCAUAUAUCCACCAGGUUUGAAAGAACUCUUGCUCCAUGUAAAGACCAAAUACAAUAAUCCAGUGAUAUAUAUUACUGAGAACGGAGUUGAUGAAGUUAACAAUGACACCCUACCACUGGAAGAGGCGCUGAAGGAUGAUACAAGAACAAGCUACUUUGAACAGCAUCUCUUCUACCUUAAUCAAGCGAUCAGGGAGGGUGUGGACGUGAGAGGGUACUUUGCAUGGUCUUUGUUGGAUAACUUUGAAUGGAGGUCAGGCUACAGUGUGAGGUUUGGCAUAAACUUUGUGGACUAUAAGCAUGGCUUGAAGAGAUACCCCAAAAAAUCUGCCUUCUGGUUCACCAAAUUUUUAAAAGGCUAAAUUUAAUCUUGAUGCAAUUCAUUUGUUUUUAUUAGAACCAGAAAUUAGGGAAAUUGCUAUAACUCAUUAGUGAAUUACUCGUGAUGUAAUCCUAUAUUGGUCGGUCUAAAUUAUUUAAUACAUAUUAUUAAAUAAAGCAUUGGUGGUAAUUUACUUGAUAUCACUAGAUAAUGUAUUUUAGAUAAUUAAGGUUUAUUACUUAAUAUUUUAGUGAUAACUGUUU